CUCGCUGCGCGACACAAUGGAGUAGCGGAGUGAGCAGGAGCAGGUCUGCAGCUGGAACAGCUGGAACAGCCCAGUCCCGACCCCGCGGUGAUGCUGAGCGGCUCCGCUACCCGGGAGACCACGCCUGUCCGCCCAGUCCCCGGCCAACACGGGCCCGAGCUCGGCCCCCGGUACCGGCACCGACCGUAGAACAUGGAGUCUCCGUGUGACAUGAACCAGCUGUUCUCCGAGAGGAUCUCCGUGCUGGACCAGGACCUGGUCGGAGGCCGGAGGACCGCAGGGAGACCGGAUCUUCAGCACCACAUUGCAUCAGUUAUCGAUGAACUCGGGAGAGCCUCAGCAAAGGCUCAGCAGCUCUCAGCUCCAAUCACAAGCGCCUCCAAGCUGCAGACUCAGAGACAUCAGCUCUACCUGCUGAAGGAUGCAGAGGGCUGCAGGGGGCGUGGCAUCAUCGUAGGCUUCCUUAAGGUUGGCUGCAAGAAGUUAUUUCUGCUGGAUAGACACGGCGUUCAUGUGGAGGCGGAGCCACUCUGUAUUUUGGAUUUCUACAUCUCAGAAAAUCUGCAGCGACAUGGCUAUGGACUGGAGCUCUUCGAUUUCAUGUUGAAGCACAAGAACGUGGAGCCGGUGGCGAUGGCGUAUGACAGACCUUCGCCCAAAUUCCUGUCAUUCUUGGCCAAGCAUUACUGCCUGAUGGAGAAUGUUCCUCAGGUCAACAACUUUGUGGUGUUUGAGGGCUUCUUCCUCAACAGAGCAGGCUCCCCCUGCUCUCCUCUGACGGACCAGAGGAUGUACGGAUUUUUUGGCCCAGUUGCGAAAGGCUCCCCCAAAAAAACCAGACGGGGAGAUCAAGCCUUACUCUUUAAUGGAGAGAGAAGCGGUGCAUCGGGAGCAGAGGACCCCUCCUUGGCCGUUUGCUCCACCACACUCUCCCCAGCGGUGGGCAUCCUCCCAGUGCUCCCAGUCCCUCAGUGUGGGGUCGUCCCCCUGCAGAACACGCCCUCGAGUCGCCCCGUCAUCUUCCCCUGGGGGGAAGUGGGACCAGAGCCCCCAGUCGCCGGCCGUCGACCGAUGCAGGGCAAAGCGCAGCAGCCAUCAGGUUCUAGUUGCCAGAUCGAGCCUGUGCCGCCGCCACAUGGCCAGCAACACCUCCGAACUGAUGAACAGAUGCAUCCCAGGUCCCAGCCUCCAUCCCAGACCUCCGUGAGCAGCAGCGGGAUGUCCGGUAGGUCCAGACCUGAGGCUGAGCCGACCCACGGGUCAGACGGUCAGCAGAGCUCGGCGGGAGGCGGCCGGCCGCUACACGGGUGGAGCUGGAUGGCCGGGGACGGCUGCUCCACCCCCCAGAGGAGGAAACCGCGGCAGGAGCACCGGAGCACACGGCCAUGGUGACAUCAUAGCUUGACUGGACUGAAGAUGAUACCCAUGAGUGAGACUGGCAGCGCCGUUUCAGGCAAGAUAGCGACAAUUAAUGCAAGCGGGAUGUCAGCAGUGUGGACAUAUUUCAGAA